AUGCCGCCCAAAAAGGACACGAAGUCUUCGGCAAAACAGCCGCAAAAAACUCAGAAAAAGAAGGAAGGAUCAGGAGGUGGCAAGGCCAAGAAGAAGAAGUGGUCCAAAGGAAAAGUCCGUGACAAGUUGAACAACCAGGUGUUAUUUGACAAGCCCACAUAUGAAAAGCUUUACAAGGAAGUCCCACAGUACAAGCUCAUCACCCCCGCAGUUGUCUCUGAAAGGUUAAAGGUCCGAGGAUCCCUUGCCAGGAGAGCACUCAUUGAACUUAGAGAAAAAGGUUUAAUCAAGCAGGUAGUUCAACACCACGGGCAGGUGAUUUACACCAGAGCAACUAAGGGUGACGACCCUGUGGCUUAA